CUGAGCAUCCUGUGUGGGAGAGGUUGCAGCAGUUUGGGGCUGAACUUCCUCCAGCUCCUCCGUUAUUUCUGAAGCUUGUGAAGGACUUUCAGUCCUCCAGUCUGCUGCAGAAUACAGACCUGAUAACCGAAAAACCCGAGACAGCUCCUUUUACUUUGUCGAUAAUAAAAUAGGACGGUUUUUACAAAUAGGACUAAUUCUAAUGCAACAAUAUUUAGACUAUUCGAAGUGAAAGGGCUUGUUGAAGCUGAGAGAGGAUUUGGGGAUAUUGCUGUUCAAUUAAAGGUCUGAGCAUAUGUGUUUGUGCUCUGUGAGUUUCUCCGUGAUGUUCUCCUACUUUUCUCUCUUGCUGCUGCUGAGUGUGUACAGCUUGGCCUCCCUCUCCCUGGCACUGCCUUUUGAGCAGAGGGGCUUCUGGGACUUUGACAGUGAUGAGGGCGGUCUGACGGUAAUGAUGAGGGACGAAGAGGAAGGCUCAGCUCUGCUACCCACAGAGCUUCCAUCUAUUGAGGUUUCUGUGUGUCCAUUUGGAUGCCAGUGUCAUCUAAAAGUAGUACAGUGCUCUGACCUGGGUUUGACCUCAGUCCCUCAAAACAUCCCCCUUGACACUAAACUGCUUGACCUGCAGAACAACCGCAUUACAGAGCUGAAGGAGAAUGACUUCAAAGGCCUCCGUGACCUCUAUGCUUUGUCACUGGUCAACAAUCAGAUCUCUGUAGUUCAUCCGAGGGCCUUCACACCUCUAAAGCGCCUACAAAAGCUUUAUUUUUCCAAGAACCUGCUGACAGCAGUGCCCAAAAACCUGCCACCCUCACUGGUUGAGCUGCGCAUCCACGACAACCGCAUUAAGAAGGUGCCUGCAGGUGCCUUCUCUGGCCUCGGCACCAUGAACUGCAUAGAGAUGGGUGGGAACCCCAUUCAGAAUGGUGGCUUUGAGCCUGGAGCUUUCAAAGGUCUCAGGCUCAAUUUCCUGCGUAUCUCGGAAGCCAAGCUGACUGGUGUGCCUAAAGAUCUCCCUGACAGCCUCCAUGAGCUCCACUUGGACCAUAACCAGAUCCAAGCAAUUGAGCUGGAGGACAUGAAGCGCUACAAGCAACUGUAUAGACUGGGCCUGGGUUAUAAUAACAUUCGCAAUAUUGAGAGCGGCAGCCUGUCGUAUUUGUCAAACCUGAGAGAACUGCAUUUAGAAAACAACCGGCUGACCCGUGUCCCCAAGGGCUUGGCUGACAUGAAGUAUCUGCAGGUGGUGUACCUCCAUUCCAACAACAUAACCCGAGUAAACGUGGAUGACUUCUGCCCUCAAAGCUAUCACAUGAAGAAGAGCUUCUACAAUGGAAUUAGUCUUUUUGGAAAUCCUGUCCAGUACUGGGAAGUUCAGCCCGCAACUUUCCGCUGUGUUAGUGACCGCCUGGCUAUUCAUUUUGGAAACUACAAGAAAUAGAUGCACACAGAGGCAGAGAGAAGAAAGAAGGAGUGAUGGAUAUUGAACAAUAUCGAAAUAAACCUGAAAAGAGGAAAGAAAAUCAGAUGAGUAGGGAGGGGAAUAAAAUGUACCUGUACAGUGAGUUUAAAUUAGAGGGGAUUAAAAGCAGUUUAAUAAGGAAUGGAGGCUUGUCAUGCUUCAAAUGUACAGCCUGAAAGCACAGCCUGGCUCCAUGCCGGGGUAUAUUCACUCAACUAUUCACUGAGCUGACAUACAAAACAUACCUUUCAGUUUUUAUAAUAACUGUUAUUGUUCAUCAGUAUUUUUAGUAGUAAUUCAUAUGUAUUAUUAUUAUUAUUAUUAUUAUUAUUAUUAUUAUUUGAACAGAGAAAUUAAAUAUAGAUUUUAAUGAUAAGGUGCUCUUUAUGUGUAGAUCUGCCUAUUUGUGUGUCUUUACUGAGUCUUGCUUCUUGUGCUUUUGGCGUCUCUUCCUGGGGGGGUGUAAUAAAUGUGUACUGUAUAAGAUAGGAUCUUGUCCUAUACUUUAAAAUGCAGUUUGUCAGACCCCCCCAGGCCUCAUAUGUCCAUUCAGUGUCUUUACUGAGCCUGGAGCUGUUUUGCACAUUGCCUCUUUGCAUUACAGACAAAUGUUCUGGAUGGGUUGAGCCUGUCCAUGCUUGAAGUCUGCUCAUCUGCUGCAUCUUGAGAAUACAAUAAAAUUCUUU